ACCGAUGCACGACGCAUUCGUACUUUGACGUGAUUGCAGUGCACGUUGCAAGCCCAACUAGUACACACCCCCGCAUAUUCGUCUGCUUACCUGUUGCAUCCGAGGUUAGAGGCGCAUCGCACAACGAAUAUGUGUUUGAGGAGCGUCAAGGCGCCGCCGUCUACAGAAGGAGGAGGUUCGAUUCAAUCACCUAGGAGGGGCAGUCCGAGAUCACCUUGGAGGAGGCAACACAGAGAGCUUCCAAGGCCCAGAAUGUCUCGUCGUAUCGUGCCUAGUGCCAGAGUGAACCUCAACAACUAUUGGCCAAAGUUCGAGGAGAUGUCAACGCAAAGCUCGUUAUUAGUCACAUUUGACCUACCAGCGAGUAGCGACAUCUUGCGGAGUUCUUUGUACUCCACCUUUCAUGACAACGAGAUCAACGAGAAUCUCGUCAACGAAUUGAUGGAGCUUGGUAAAAAUUGAAGUUUUAGGUUAGAAUUAGUUUUAGUUUUUAGGUUAGAUUCAUCGUAUGGUCUUCCACUGGGUUUCCAGUUUCGUUGCUUUAAGAAUUGUUUGGUUAAGCUGACUUUCAAAAAGUGCAAUUGAUUUUUCAAAAAGCCGUGCAAUAUUUAUUUUUCGAGAAUGUGCAAUUAAAAAAUCGCGUGAUAGUUUUUUUAGGAUUACGGUAUACAACUUCAUACGAAACUAUUUAACAACCAUUCAACCUGCAGUUGAUGCUUCGCAGAUUGACCUAAACUGUGCAUUCAGAUCCUUCCAUAACAAUUCCGCUUUUAUUUUCUGCAAGCUAUAGAGACAUUUUUGUACCGGGAUUAUUUAACAAAUUCUCUAAUGAAGCUGUAUUUUGUGAUAUUUUUUGUGAUAUUGGUUAUAUCUAUCUACUUACUGCUUGAUUAUGUAAGAAGUAUACGCCUUCUGUUUUUCAUUUGUAUAUAAAAAGUAAAAAGCACCUUUCAUUUUUGCUCAAGCUUUACAACUGAUGCUUUAAUUAGAAUAUUAGCGAGGACCAAUCCUCUAAAACGUGCAAUACUUUCAAAAAAGGGUUCACAUAGACACAAUUUUGUUAAAUGAAAAUGAAUAUUCAAAUAGCUAUAAUUUAAGGACGCUGUUUUGAUUACAACUUUUUCAAUUUUGCAGAAUAUCAGACCUUUAUAUCAUCAUUUAGAGUUUCAAAACAUGAGAAAAGAAAAUUUCAAGAUAUUCAGACAAAUUAUAUCUGCCGAUAUCUAUUAUGUAUGUAUGUGAACCUUUCAAGCUUUAACUAGAUUGUAAGUUAUUCGACUGUGAUAUGAAAAAGCUUUAAUGUUUUUAGUAUACUUGCUUUUAUACAUUUCCAUUGAAAUUAAGUGUAACUUUGUUUCAUGAAGUUUUUUGAUGGAAACAUAGGCCGACAAAGUGUCAAUUUGAUUUGUAUAUAAGACUGCUUAGUUAUGCUACCCAUUUAGUGCUAGUUUUGUCCUCCAAAUGCACUCAAAUUAGUAUAGUUUCGCACCUUUACUUUAAUAACUAUAGGAAGAUUCGGAGAUGUUUGAAUUGGUUUCCUUUAAAAUUGAUCUUCAUGGUCAUUGGCUUAAAACGUAAAAGCAACGGAUUUGAUUUUAAGCUCAAUUCUAGAAAAAGUAAAAUGAUAUCUUUUCUCUAAAGCUCAUUUUGUCAAUCUAAUAUCUCUGCAUCUUGCUGUAUAUCGCACAUCACUUUAGCUUAAUCUUUGAGUUAGCUUAGACAUGCUCAAGCAAGCUAUGUGAUAUGUGUAAUAUUUUAUUUUUUUUUUGGUUUUGUUUAUUUUUGUGUAUUUUUCCUGUGAUAUCAGCUUAACAACGAUGAUUUCCGAAGUUUUAUUUAUAAUUUUUCAGAAAAUCUAGGUUUAGGCUUUUUAUAGUUUUAGCCUAAUUUUUAUGAUAUAUCUCUUCCGUUUGUCUUUCAGUAGGUAUAAGGCUGCGAGCUAGCUUUGUUCUCAUUUUUCUAGUAUGUAAGAUCGACUUGUACAUAUUAUUUGUUUUUGCAUGUUCCGUAAAUAAACAUCUGAAACCUUUAAUUGAUCAGUGUUUAUUUUUUAUUUUAUAUCAUGACCAGUUCAAAAUGUAUCUGUAACAGUCCAUACCACGGCGUUAAAAGGCAUUAUUCAUAUCAGCAAUUAUUUUAGAAGGGUUAAUAAUGUGCAACAGGUAUUUAGUUACAUGGUUAGAUGGCAGCACUGUUAUCUUUUCUACAAAUUCAACCUGAUAUGAAU